AGAUAGAUGAAACUCCUUUUAAAAUAUGAUUCUCAGGGGCCUCCCUGGUGGUGCAAGGUGUUAGUACUAUGAAGCAAUCCGCAGCCUCUGCAGCACCAGUUUGAUCCCCUGCCAGGGAGGUGACCCACAUGACGCAGCAGACCUCUUCUGAUUCUCCCGCUGUUUUUCAGUAGAUCUUCCUGUUCUGUUCCUCACUCUGUCUCUGGUGAAUCCUCUCACCCCCUCCCUUGCACUUCUGGCCUGUACACCAGUUCUUGUAUGCAUAAAUAAAUACAUCUUAAAAAAAGAAAAAAGGGCCUCCCUGGUGGUGAAGGGGUUAAGACACAACCUAUGAAGCUGUCCACAGCCUCUGCAGCAAGAGUUCGACCCCGGCUGGCCAUGGAGCAACCCACAUGGUGCAGCAGACCUCUCCUGACUUGCCUGCUGCUCCCUUCUGCAGUGUACUUAGACACUCUUGGGACCUGUGUUAUAUUUGAAGAAAAUGUUGAACAUGUGGAUGCAGAAGGCAAUAAUAAAACAGUGCUAAAAUAUAAAUGUCAUACAAUGAAGAAGCUCAGCAUGACAAGAACUCUACUGACAGAGAAGAAGGAAGGAGAAGAAAAUAUAGGUGGUGUGGAAUGGCUGCAAAUAAAGGAUAAUGAUUUCUCCUAUAGACCCAAUAUGAUUUGUAGCUUUCUGCAUGAAAAUGAAGAUGAAGAAGCUGUAGCUUCAGCAUCAGAUAAACCUUUAGAAUUGGAAGAGCAAGAGAUUCAAAUGAAAGAGAAUUUAAACCUAAGUUCUGAACAAGAGAAACCAUCACACUUGGAAUUGGAGGAUUCUGCUCCUCUUAUUCCUGUUCCUUCUCUUGAGAUGGAAGGUUCUGUUUUUAUGGAAUCUCAGGAUACUGCCUUAGAAAUCACUCCUAGGUGAAAUGUUUCUCAAAGCUGUGAACUUUUUAUUUUUAGAAUUUUUGUAUAAAAUGAUUGUAACUUUGAACUGUUCACUAUUGUUUUUUGUCGACUGUAUACACAUUCCUAAUGAUUGCUCAACUUAAUAUACCAGGAUCAUAAAGGACCAGGUAUGAAUUGAAUUUUUUAAAAUAUGAUUUAAAUGACUAUAGGUACCCUUUUUUGAUGAAUUCUUUAACUUAGAAGCUUUGCUAAGGUAAGUGUAUAUGUUUUCUAUUGCAGUCAUCACAAAUUACCACAGACUUAGUGACAUAAACAACACAAGUGUAUAUUUUUACAGUUUUGCAGGUCAGCCAUCUGACAUGGGUUUCACUUGAUUUGAAAUCAGGGUGUUGGCAGGACUUUGUUCUUUUCUGGAGGCUGGGAGUGGAAUGGGGGACUUUAUUUCUUUGUUCAUUUAGUUGUGGCAGAAUUAAAUUUCUUAAAAUUGAAGGAUCAAGGUCCCAUUUCCUUGCUGUCAACUCAGCGUCUAACAGCUAUCCACAUUCCUUGACUCAUGAUUCCCUUCUCUUCAAAGCCAUUAAUAGUCAAACCCUCUUUUUGAGCCUUUUCAGCUAUUUCCAUUAUCCUAGGUCUGACCAGCCCUCUGCCUUCCACUUUUAAAGGUCCAUUUGAUUACAGUGGCCCCAUGUGGAUGAUCUCUUUAUUUAAGAUCUGUAAACUUAAUUCCAUCUGCAGAGUUCCUUUUGCUAUGUAAUUUAUCAUAAACAGACAUAAAACUGAUUAUUAGAGCAUGAAAUCUUUGGAGGACCAUUUUCUAGUCUAGACAUUGAGUAUUAUAUCUAGAAAUAGAGAAAGAAUUUAGAAGUGCUUAAGGAUAAGGAUACUGUUCUUUUGAUAUUCCAACUUUAAUUCCACUUAUUUUCCAGUUGAGAAAAACUGGAUUUAAGUUUGUUAGUAACAGUCAUCCUAUUAUGGCAUUACCUUAGAUCUAGUCUAGUUUGUAUUUUUUUUACUAAAUUAUUCACAAACUUUAAUACUUUGUUAUAGGGUGAACUAUAUGGGCAGUAUUUGUUUGUGUUUGAGUGCUAUUGCACUUUCAUAUGGUUUAACCUGGUACAAUGAGGUUUAAAAUCCACCUCAUUGUAUCUCACAACUGUUAGAGAUAUAACUGUUGUGACAAAUUAGAGAACUAACAUUCUAAGAUGAACAAUUUUUCUCUUCACUAAGUCUUGUAACUUUUAGUUGGAAAAUAGCUUUUGCUGACUAAUAGUAUUUCCAAAUCAUAAGUACAUACAUAUCCCAAUUUUUAUAUCACUUUUUUAGUCUCAGCUUUUGAUUAUUAAAAAGCUUAUUUUCCCCAUAAUAUGUAUGUGUAGGAGAGACUGCUAGCACCUGACCCACUCACUGUUCUUCCUUUUUUUCUUUGUAACAGAAUCCCAGAAUUUAUUCAGGUUAGCUAUGAGCCCUUCUUUCCUUGCAUACAUAUGUGACUGUCUACUAAAUUCUAGCCAGUUACACGGAAUUAUAAGUGUAACACUUUGGAUGCUUCUAGGAAGUUUCCUUAAACUUUAAGGCUUAAAGGGAAAUGGUCUAGUUCCUUUUCUCUUUCUUCCUGCUAGAACAUGGAUGUGGUGGCUAGAGCCCCAGCAGGCUUCUUAGACAAUAAAAUAGCCUUGGAAAUAAAAACCAUGAGAGGCAGAGAAAUAAGAUAAGGAAGAUUAGAUUCUGAUAUUGAAUGUUUCCUUGGGCUACUGUACAUACAGUUAAUAAAAUGUCAGGUGUAAUACCAGGCAAUGUUAUGAUUAGAAAUUACCCUUUAUUGGUAAACAAUCUGGAUGAGGAAUUAUAAAUGCCUACUGAAAAACACAACCUUUGGGCUUGAGUGCUGUGUGUCUUAUUGCAAAGAUCUCUGGAAGCUGCACUCACAGGCUGUUUCAGGAGAUACUGGUUUUCAGGUGCAUGAAGCUGUUAAGCUAGCAUGGCUUCUGCAUCUUCCCUGAUGAUCUUACUCCCUUACCCCUGCACUGAUACUUGGGAGGCUGGAGUAGAGACUUCGACUCAAAUAAGCUUUGGGCUGCUGUGCUCUUUCUUGUAAAGAUAAAUGAGACUAGUGCCAGGUUGGGUCCCACAAGGCAUAUUGGGUCCUGUGAAUGUGGAUAUCAUUCCAAACCUGUGACUACUGCUGCUGUUCAGGCAUAUGAGGCAUUGCCACUGCCCACUUCUAUGUGAGAGGAAUAACUUCUCUCAUUUUAAGUCACUCUGUAAUAGCCACACAAUCCUAACUGAUACAUAUGCAUUUUAGAAAACAUGAAAAAUAGAAGAGUAUAGAGUGGAAGAUUCUUGAAAUUUGUAAUUUUGCAAAUAAAAACUGACUUAAUGUGUUGAAGGGGAAAAUAAAGUCAUAAAUUCUGAAGAGACCAUGAUAGGUUUUAUUUUUUAUUUUUUUAGAAUUAGUUGUAAAUUUUUUUUUUUUUAAGAUUUAUUUAUUUAUACAAGCACUGGGUACAGUCAGAAGCGCGGGAGGUGAGAGAAUUCACCAGAGCCAGAGCGGAGAGCAGAACAGGCAGACUGACGAAGCACACUGCUGAGGGGAGCAGCGGGCGGAAGGAGAGGUCUGUCGCGCCAUGUGGGACCCACCGCCUGGGAUGGAACGGGCGCUGCAGAAGCUGCGGGUAGCUUCGCGGGCCAGCGCUCAACCACUGCGCCACCGGGGAGGCCCCAGGAUGGAUUUUAAUUUGUUACCUAUAUCUGUGUUUGGAAUUUAGUAAAAUCAAAUCUUAUGUUCCAACUACACACUCUUUUUAUAAGACUAGAACUUCUUCUAUGAAUUUCUCUACCAUUGAUCUUACUUACUAGCCAGAAUUACUUGCAAACUAAUCUUAGAACUAGUCUCUCUUGUAGCUGUUACACUACUACUUCCAACUCUAAAUUCAGUGGGUAAUAUUUUUUUUUCUUUUUUUUUUAAGAUUUAUUAUUUAUUUGUUUGUUUGUUUAUACAAGCACUGGGUACAGUCAGAAGCGCGGGAGGGUGAGAGAAUUCACCGAGCCAGAGCGGGGAGCAGAGCAGGCAGAAGGACUAAAGUACACUACAGAGGGGAGCAGCGGGCGGCAGGAGAGGUCUGUGCGCCUUUGCAGGACCCUCCUCCGGUGGCAGGGGAGCAGCCGGGGAUCGAACCGGCGCUGCAGAGCUGCGGGCAGCCUCGCAACCCAGCGCUCAACCGCUGCCCCACCAGGGAGGCCCUCAGUGGGUAAUAUUUGUUUACAAAUAAUGACAUUCUCCCUAGAAGGAUCAAGUUGUUAAAGUACAUUAUGGAGAAUUGUAUAUUAAGGCCAUUAUAGAAAUGUUUGAAAAUCUACCCAUUUGUUCAUUAUAUAUUACAUAGCUGAUGAUAGCAGAUUGACAGAUAUAGCCAGCUUGGUGAAACUAUUGAUAAUACGUGUAUUUCUAUUCACAUACAUUAUAAUUUUUUAGACUCUACUGUUUUCAUUUCCUUUCAUUCCAACAAUUUAUAUAAACUUAUAUAAAACCUAAUGCAUCAGGUUUAUAUUUCCUUCCAGAAAUGUUUUCACUGAUUCUGGAAAUACUUUGCUGUCUUUAAUAAUGUCCAUACUUAUUUUCUUGUGAAAUAAGAAAAUCUUGUUUAUUAUCUAUGCUGCCAAAGCAAACACAAGAAGAACACUUAAUUCAGUACAGAGUUAAUAUACACCUUUGUUAGUUACAAUAUGUACUAAAUCAACAUCUAGUAUUCUGUUUCUUAAAAAAACUUUUUUUGUUUAACAUGGAGGGGUAUUAUGCUAUUUUGCAUCUAGAUUUAAUGUAGCCAUACCUGUAUAUUAUUAAUAAGAAUGUCAAGGUAACAGAUCCCACUUUUCUCAGAUCCAAAGUAAUAUUUCUUUCACUAUCAUGACUUUUUUUUUAAUAUCCAAAAUGGCAGGUUUAUUAUAAAAAGGGAGAGAAGAAUAAAGGACACUUGCAUAGACACAAGCAUGCAGAAAGAUCUGCUCUGAAAAAGACAAGUUUGAUAAGAGGCCUGCAAUGUCACAGGUGGGCAGCCUUAGAAGAAGAGCUGCCUCUGUCCCUUUGCAAGGGGAGGCCAGUAGAGUGAAGUGCCCGCAGAGUCACAGGUGGGCAGGAGGGCUGCUACCACUAUCAUGUCUUAAACUCUUUAUUUUCCUCAUAUUCCAUGCUCCCAUUUGGUGAUUAUAUUCAUUUCCUAUCACUGCUGUAACAAAUUGCCAUAAACUCAGUGCCUUAAAACACCAUAAAUUUAUUUAAGUAUUUCCUCUUUUGCUGCAAAUGGGGUAGUUCAGUCUAAAGCUUUGUUUUGGAUAAUUUUCUAUACAUAAAAUAAUUUUAUAAAUUCUUCAAGAAAUCAUGCCAAGAUCCAAUUCAUUAAGACAUCUGAGUGAUAAAACAUUUCUGAUACAAGUCUUUCUUCAAGUCCUUUUUUCUGUAUGUUUAAUGAUUAUGUAUCUAAAACCAUAACCAAAUAGAUAGUUCAGCAAUGUAAUUAUUAUUACUAGUCUUAGUGCUUGAAAAGUUCCAAGUAAUGUGAACACAUUAAUUCUAUGAAUCUGGCAACAUUAGUAAUAAUACAAUAUUUUACAUCACUGUAGUAACUUUAAUCCAGUCCUUUCUCUAGUUCAGUUCCCACAGCUAUAAAAUCAUAAGAGCUCAGAAAAUCAACAGUUGUUUAUAUGUUUAAGGCAAACUAAUUUGGAAGUAUUAUCUGACCUGAACUGAUAAAAAGUUUCUUACACUCUGUUUUUUUUUUUUUGCUACAAAAUUACUGAUGCAUAAAUAAUUACUUUUGAUUAUAAGGUAUUGCCCCAAAUUGCACUAAUUAACAGUACCCAAUAUUUAUAUCAAAUUACUUUUUACAAAUCUGAAAAUAUCUUAAUUCCAACAUACCACUAGCCAUAAGUGUUUCAGCUACAUUGUAGACAUCUGUUUUUACUUUCAUUUUUUAAAAAUUUAUUUAUUUAUACAAGAGCUGGGGUACAGUCAGAGGUGCAGAAGAGUGAGAGAAUUCAUUUACCAGAGACAGAGCAGGGAGCAGAACAGGCAGAUGGACUGAAGACACUGCUGAGGGGAGCAGCAGGCGAGACAGGAGAGGUCUGCCGUGCCAUGUGGGUUUCUCCCCGGCCAGCUGGGAAUUGAACCUGCUCUGCAAAGGCUGCAGAUAGCUCCACAGCGUGGCGCUCAACCUGCUGUGCCACUGGGGAGGCCCUGUAGACAUUUAUUUCCAUCUCUAAUAUCCCUUUGUCCUUUUCUCCCUCCCUGACUCCCUCAAUCAUAGAAAACUCAAUAGGUUUAUUAAUGUCUACUAGUUCUAUUAGUUUUUUUACUUUGUCAAAUCAACCAUGAUGUAAACGUCCAGUAUUUGUCUUUGUCGUUCUGAUUUGCUUUACUACACAUUAUUCCCUUGAACGCCCUCCAUUUUGUUGUAAGUGGCUGCAUUUUAUCUCUCCUUGUGACUGAAUAGUAUUCCAUGGUGUGGAUAUGCCAUAUCUCAAUCCAGUCCUCUAGUGAUGGGCAUUUAGGCUACUUUCAUGCCCUAGCUAUUGUAAAUAAUGCUGCAAUA